AUGUACUUCUAUCAGACCAAAUUUAGAAAGUUAGAUACUGAGCCAUUUACGAAGAUUAUUCAGUUAGAGGACAAAUUAAACAGAAUGUUAAAACAUCUGAAAGAUAAUGACUCCAUUUCCUUGGAAACAUAUAACCAACUUAGAGCAUCUGGCUCUUUACCUGGAAUACUAUAUGGAUUACCAAAAGUUCAUAAACCCGAUAUACCAGUUAGACCUAUAUUGUCAGCUAUAAAAACAUUUAACUACAAUCUAGCCGAAUUUUUAGUGCCAAUCCUCAAACCUAUUACUACCAACGAAUACACAGUCCAAAACUCUUUUGAUUUUGCUAAUCAGAUGUCCACAAUUAGCUUUGAAAAUCCUGUUAUUAUGGCCAGUUUUGAUAUACAGUCAUUAUUUACAAACAUACCCUUGAAAGAAACAAUAGAUAUUUGUACAAAUAGGUUAUUUGAAAAUACUGACAAUGUGCAUAACUUCACAAAAGACCCAUUUAUGAAAUUGGUAAAAUUAUCUGUGGAAGACUCUGUUUUUAUGUUUAACAACCAAUUAUACUCUCAAACCGAUGGCGUAGCAAUGGGAAGCCCGCUAGGCCCAACUCUCGCUAAUGUAUUUUUAUGUUAUCACGAGAGUAAAUGGAUAGCAGACUGCCCAUCCCAUUUUAAACCACUACUGUACAAAAGAUAUGUUGAUGACAUUUUCCUAUUGUUCAGUGAUGCCUCACAUGUAAACCUGUUUUUAGACUAUGUUAACUCUAAACAUGACAACAUACAUUUUACUUCUGAAGUUGAAAUCGACAACUCCCUGCCUUUUCUGGAUAUUAGACUUGAUCACGAUCAUAACACCUUUAAAACCUCUGUCAUGGCUAGUAUUGUCAUAUUGGGGUCCCCCCUUUCCGAUGUAGAUAUGGAGGAUAUAAGUUUAACCUCGCAAGGACAUGUUGCAAGUGGAUCCCAUAAAAGGAAAGAAGUGAAGGAAGUGUGGACAUGA